CCUCAACCGGCAGUCCAUGAUUCGCGAGUAUAAAUGACGACCAUACCGCAGCCCUAGUGAUGGGCUAGCAUGCCAGUUUGAUUGCUCUAAAAGUACGGCUUCGAAUUCUCGUCCAGUGUCUUCGUGACAAUGCAGCUCCUCGCUUUUAUGAUCGUUGCCGGCCUCGCCGCCACUACAUGCGGGCAGAAGGUCAAAGUUAUGCUGCUUGGCGACUCUAUAACGGAGAUCACCUGCUGGAGACCUCUAGUGUGGAACCAAAUCACGUCUGCCGGGUUGGCGAGCAGUGUCGACUUCGUCGGCAGCAUGAGCGACCUCCAGGGGAGGUGCUCAAGACCGUCAGGCUUUGAUCCCAAUCACGAAGGCCACUCGGGCUGGCAGGCGUACGACAUUGCUAGGAACAACAUCGCGGGCUGGGUACAAAACACCAAGCCUGACAUCGUUCAAUUCAUGCUCGGCACCAACGACGUCAACAUCGGCAAGCGGAACGUCCAGACCAUCCUCGACUCGUACACGACAAUGCUCAAUGCCAUGCGCGCCGCAAACCCGAGUGUCAAGGUCAUUGUGGACAAACUGAUCCCGACAAGCUGGAGCGACACGACUAUUGAGGCCCUCAACACUGCCAUCCCCAGUUGGGCACAGGCACGCAACACUUCGCAAUCGCCCAUCGUCAUCGCUGACUGUUCACGGGCUGCCGGCUUCACCAACGCGAUGUUGCAGGGCGACGGCGUUCAUCCCAACGAUCAGGGUGACCAGUUUCUCGCGAAGCAGAUUGGCCCCAAGCUGCUGCAGUUCAUCAACGACAUUCAAGGCGGCACUGGCCACGCAUCCGCCACGUAAACAACCGCGACAACCUUGACGACAAGCAUGACAGGUUCUCCUUAGCCUACAGGCGGAAGCUGCGCCACUGUAUGGGAGCAAUGGGCUGGUUAGGGCUGGAUGGGCCCAACGUGCUAUUUGUGGUUCGAUAUUUGGGUGCUUUGACUUAUAUAGUCGCUAAGAAGGCGGCAAGACAGUUUCAACAUCCAUCUAUGGUUUCUUUAAAGUCAAACAAGUAGUUAUACUUAGGAAACAAGAAUCUUUCAGAUUAGUUAGCCUAGCAAUUCAAUACAAUCUAUCGAGCUAAAGCUUUAACACUAGCAAA